UGUCAACCAAAUCUUUGAAAUCCAAGAAACCCCCAUCACCACCACAAAAUGCAUCAAGAUCCUCUUCUCUUUCUUCCCAUCUCGCCAUGAUUGAACUCAAACAUAGAAUCUUGACUUCCCUCUCCAAGCUCUCCGAUAGAGACACCCACCAGAUCGCCGUCGAAGACCUUGAAAAGAUCAUCCAAACCCUAACCCCCGAUGGCAUCACAAUGCUUCUCAAUUCGCUCUACGAGGCUACUAACGACAACAACAAACCCGCCGUCAAGAAAGAAGCAAUCCGCCUUCUCUUCUUCCUCUGCGCCACACACACCGAAUCAGCUGCUUCUCAUCUCACAAAGAUUAUAGCCCACAUUGUGAAAAGGCUUAAAGACUCUGACUCCGGUGUUAAAGACGCUUGUCGAGAGUCGAUUGGACAGCUUUCUUCUCUGUAUUUGAAAGGGGAGGGGGCUGAGAAUAUUGGGUCUGUGGUUUCAUUGUUUGUGAAGCCUUUAUUUGAGGCUCUGAAUGAUCAGAACAAAGGGGUACAAGCUGGUUCAGCAAUGUGUAUGGCUAAGAUGGUUGAAAUGGCGUCAGACCCACCUAUAUCUGCUUUUCAAAAGCUCUGUACCAGGAUCUGCAAGUACCUCAAUAACCCAAAUUUCUUAGCCAAGGCUGCACUUUUGCAAGUGGUUUCUAGUCUUUCUCAGGUUGGUGCUAUUUCUCCACAAGGCUUGGAGCCACUGCUUCAAAGUAUUCACGACUGUCUUAGCAAUUCUGAUUGGGCAACUCGAAAGGCAGCUGCUGAUGCAUUGAAUGCCUUGGCUUUGCAUUCAAGCAACUUGAUCACAGGAAAAACGGGUUCUACAAUAACUGCCCUUGAGGCUUGCCGCUUUGAUAAGAUAAAACCUGCAAGAGACAGUAUAAUAGAGGCUUUACAACAAUGGCAGGGUCUUGCAGGAGGUUCUGAAGAUCAAAAAACAUCUGAUUCUGAACCAGCCAAGUCGGAUGACAGAAAAACAGAAGCUCGAGCAAAGGAUGAUGAAGCCGAGGGUAGCAACGUACCUGAGAAGGCAGUUGGAAUAUUGAAAAAGAAGGCACCUGCUUUAAGUGACAAGGAACUAAACCCUGAGUUCUUCCAAAGACUUGAAAGAAGGGUUUCAGGUGAAGUGGAAGUGGUCGUCCCUCGUAGAUUUGUCAAGUCCUCGAAUGAGCAAAUUGAAGAAGAGUCUGGGAUUAAUGAUACAGAAGCAGGAUCACAGUCAAAAGAGAGCUACCAAAAAGUGGACAGAGGAGUUGGUGCUCCUAGAAGGCGAGAAUUUGACGAUAUGAAUGAUCCAAGUCAAAGGGAGGGAUUGAGGAGUAAUAAAGGUAACUGGUUGGCUAUCCAGAGGCAAUUACUGCAAUUAGAGAGACAACAAGCUCAUCUCAUGAACAUGUUGCAGGAUUUCAUGGGUGGAUCUCAUGAUGGCAUGGUGACUCUAGAGAACAGAGUGCGGGGUCUUGAGCGAGUUGUUGAAGACAUGGCACGUGAUCUGUCAAUAGCAGCCAAUAAUCGGAGAGGUGGUAAUUAUAUGAUGGGGUUUGAGGAAUCUGGUAGACAAUUAGGCAAGUACAAUGGCUKCUCGGACUAUCCGAAUGCAAAAUUAGGGAGGAAUGAUGAUGGGGUCUCUUACAUGGGUUCAAGUAUGAGGGGUAGAGGAUCUUCGUGGAGAUCAGAUGUGCCAGAAAGUUGGGAYUACCAUGCAUAUGGCAGAAAUUCACAAAUGGGUUURAGGAGAGCAGCUAUGGAUGGUAGGUCGCCUAAAUCAGAUAAUGGAAGUGAACAGGUGAACAGGAGAGGUUGGGGGGAUAAAGGGGGUGGGCCAGCUAGGUUCGGGGAGGGGCCUUCUGCAAGAAGUGUUUGGCAAGCUUCAAAGGAUGAAGCCACGUUGGAAGCCAUUAGGGUGGCCGGUGAAGACAACGGACCUAUCCGAACUGCUCGAGUGGCUGUUCCUGAAAUGACGGCCGAAGCAAUGGGAGAUGACAGUCUUGUGCAGGAUCGUGACCCAGUUUGGACAGCUUGGACUAAUGCAAUGGAUGCACUUCAUGUGGGUGACAUUGAUACGGCAUUUGCUGAAGUUUUGUCUACUGGGGAUGAUCUUUUGCUUGUGAAGCUGAUGGACAGAACAGGGCCUGUAGUUGAUCAGCUCUCCAGUGAGGUAGGAACUGAAGUUCUGCAUGCUGUUGCCCAAUUUCUUCCAGACCCCAACUUGUUCGACAUCUGCUUGUCUUGGCUUCAACAGUUGCUCGAUAUGAUUGUAGAGAAUGGAACAGAUAUGGUGGGAAUCCCGAUGGAAGUGAAAAGAGAGAUUUUGGUGAAUCUGAAUGAAGCUUCUUCAACCAUGGAGCCUCCUGAAGACUGGGAAGGUAUGGUGCCAGACCAACUCUUGUUGCAACUGGCAUCUGCCUGGGAUAUUGACCUGCAACAGCUAGAGAAGUAAACUGGUUUGAUGCAUAUUUAUUUCAAAUUUGCUGGCUGCAUAGGGGGCAGUCCUUGGAGAUGGCCCUUGCAUUCAGAUUUUGCUUCUUGCAACUCAAUCUUUGAUUGAAGAUAGGGGUAUUGGAUUUGGUUUUAUCAGCUUUGACAUCAAAUGUAGAUGAAACAAGAUGAAGGCUUCUAUCCUUGGUUUGUUUUUCAAAUUUGCACUCAGAGUAAUGAAAUGGUUUUGUAUGC